UUUGAAUAACUGCAAAAACAACACAACAAGAACAAAUCAAAGGGUAUUUUGUUUACAAUUUAGGAGGAGUUUUAAUGAAACAUAAAAAAUAAUCUGAAAUUUUCAUCUGUUUUGUACAACAAGUACUCUCGUUUCAUUCCUAAGAAAGAUGGCCGAAAAUGUUGCGAAGGAGGGCUUGAAUAUAUCAGAAAAAAUUCGAAUAAUUUUCGUUCCAAUGUUAUGGUUAGCAUAUUCCAUCGCACUGUUUAUCAGGCUCGGUCAAUUCUACCAGCACUGGUGGUUUGUCGUUAUUUUUGUGAUGUGGUUUCUGGUUGUGUUCAUGGCGCUCCAAUGCGUCAUCGGCGUCGCUUCUAUAGCGUAUUUCGAUAGCUACAUAUUUUCUCAAUCGUGGUGCAAUGUCGCAAUGUUGGUAUAUAUUGUUUCGAUAAUCAGUCCGUAUUGUGUGCUUAUGUACAACGUAAACAAACCGGUAGACUUAGUUGCGGUGAAAGAUGUUCAAACUGUGGAUUGUGUAGUUCUACAAGCUAUCAUGCCUGUAUUGAUCACUGGUUGCAUGCUGUACCCGUUACCAAAACGGAAAUCAAAGCUAGCUGAAACAGCAGCGAUUGUGAUUGGAUCACUACAUGCUUUUGAUAUCAUGGAUGUUAUGAUGAAUUUUAAGUUCAUCCAACAUUUUGGAACAGCUGCACAAGCUUUUUUUUACUUAUCCUUCGUAACGUCUAUUAUAUUGAUUGCAUUCCCCAUUGGUCUCGACGAAAAUGAUGAUGACGAUCCAGUGAUGGGACAAAUCGUCAAGACUACCUUGUCCUUAUUAUUCACUGAAAUAUCCUUCUGUGUAUUUCGUUUCAUAGUUAUGCAAAAAGAAAAUUCACUAUCAGGUUUGGUUUUCGCGUCAAAAAAUUCGUUGUCGGGACUUUACCAUGCAUAUUUGGUGGUUCGAGCACUUUUAUAUUGUCGUAAGGUCAAAUUCAGGUAUUCUCGUAUGUAAUUAGGAAGUCAUCAUUAAUCAGACUGGUAGCAAAAACCUCAGAGAACUUUAUAUAAAAUAACAAUCGCUGGAUUUUUUUUGUGUUUUUGUACUGAAAAAUAGUGUAAAACUAUGACAAAUAAAAAAAUGUUUAUGAACCAACUGGAGCACAUAUAACGUACCACGUGCGGAUUUCGGAACAAUUUCGUGGAUUUAUCUGUUAAUGAAACAUUAUACCUCACCAAAUCAGGAAAAAGUGAAUAAAUUAUUUUGCUUCGGCUCACUGUUACCCUGACCAGCACUUUUCCCAACCUUUUAUCCGGGUAGUAUUUUCGCAUUUUUUGGUACCAAUUACUUUUUUUUUUUUUUUGCAUUUUUGGUACCAAUUACUUUUCUUUCUUUUUUUUGCAUUUUUGGUACCAAUUACUUUUCUUUCUUUUUUUUGCAUUUUUGGUACCAAUUACUUUUCUUUUUUUGCCUGAUCAAUUUUUUAACAAAAUAGUAAAACAGUAGCAUCUUUCAAGAGUAUGGAUUUAACUAAAUAACUGAUUGAUUGAAACAUCUUUCAAGAGUAUGGAUUUAACUAAAUAACUAAUUGAAUGAAAAAAUUCUUUAGUUCAUCUGUACUCAUGUUAACUUUUACUGCAAGUUUACAGGUUGGCAAAAUUGGUCGAAAAAACCAUAUUUUCCCGCUUUUUUUGUCCUUAUAUCUAAGGCCUCGAUAUUAUCAGAUAUGAAUAAUUAGGCGCCCUCUGGGCGUUUAUUUAAGUUUGAGCUCUAAGCGCUGUUAGAGAAUUUCUUGAAAUAUAUUUUCAACACAUAUUGUUUUUAAAUUUUUUUUAAUUAUAUUAUUGUAUAUUACAAAUAAGAUUGUUAAUUACCUUGUUGAAUUCCUUUUAAAAUUUGA